UCGAUUUAUCGUUUGACUUGUUCUUUUCUUUUAUUUAUUUAUUUCCUUUUUUUUUUUAAUUUCCCUUCGAAAAAACGAACAGGGAAAACAAGAUUCGGACUCGAAGUCCUUCUCUACUUCAAUGGGAGGAGCCGAGUAUCCUGAAAAUAGUCCUACUACCUUUGACCUCUUUUCGCGAGUGUGACGGAUAGUAGUGAGCUACGAAAGAGUGAUCUCUACUCGGGAUAACGGGAUGAUAUCGUUAAGGACGAAGAAGGACGAUCGAUCGAGUGUUUCUUACGAUCGUUGAAUAUUUUUUUCUCCCUUAUCUGUCCAUCUAUCUCUCUCUAUCUUUCUCCCGUCAAUGGAUAUUAUGGUGAACAUUCGAGAUCUAUACGAUCGAUGGUGUUAUUGGUGAAAGUGAUCGUUCGCUUAGAGGAAAAGAAGAAGAACAGGAAAAAAGGAGAAAGUUAACUGUACGAUAGACUAAAAGAAAAAGAAAGGAAAGAAAAAAAGAAAAAACCAAGUAUAACUCUAUGUGUUGUUCCCAAAGAAAACCAAAAAAAAAAAAAAAUACGUUCGAUAAAGUGUCUAACUCUCUCUACGAUUUUUCAUGGAUUUCAAAAAUCAUUUUUAAUUUCGCGUUCAAUCAUUUCAACUAUAUUCCGAAGUUUCGUACCGCAUUGUGUUAUCGUCAUUGCGGUGAACGGCGCGAAAAAGUGCGCGAAUAACUUCGAUCGAGGUUCGUUAAGUUAAAUAAAACGGUGUAAGCUCAUCCAAGACUUUAGGACCUUAAAAGGGAGCAAUUAAAAUAAUAAAUCAUUUCUCUCCAAGGAUCUUCCGACUAUAUAGAAGUAUAUUCUACUGCUACGAUCAAGAGGAAACAACCCGUACCCGCUUAUUUUUUCUCUCUUCUUUUUGUCUCUGGAUACAUAACGUACGAUUUCAAUCGGAGAAGAUCAUCAUGAAAACCUUAUUGAUCCUGGUCGGUCUUCUACUCGAAAUACAUCUUUAUUUUACAGAGAGUCAUGCGAAGCAUCAACAAGAGUCGAGCUCUAAAAAUAUAGUCGAAUCGUUAAAUGCUCUCGAAGGUAAAGGAGAUGAUGUCCUCGAGGGACCAAUCAGCGAGGUCGUUGCUCAAAGCGGAGGCAAGGCUGUCUUACCUUGCAAAAUCACCGAUCCUGGAGCUGGAACGAUCACAUGGUUAAGGCGCAAGGACAGGCAAUUAUUGACUCUAGGUACUAACAGGCACUCGGUCGAUACUCGUUUUGCAGUACGCCAUACAAAUACAGAUUGGGCACUUCAAAUACAAAUGGUCACUCUAGGAGACGAAGGAAUUUACGAAUGUCAGGUGACGUCACAUCCCAUACAACGGAGCUUCACACGCUUGAAAAUCACGGAGGCGUACUCGAUAAUACCGGGUGCGCCAGAUUUACACGUAAAGCAGGGUUCCAGUUUGCGCUUGGAGUGCCAACUUAUGGCAGCGACGGAGCUGCCCCAGUACGUGUUCUGGUAUCGUCAAGGACGCAUGAUAAACUACGACGCCGAGCCCGGUGUUAAAGUUGAGCUCACGAAGAGUGGCUCCAUUUUGAUGGUAAACAAAACGAAGCCGACGCACGGAGGUAACUACACGUGCAAGGCGAGCAACGCAAAGCCGGCAUACGUCAUGGUUCAUGUUAUCGAAGAGGAGGAGAAGCCAGCAGCCAUGCACGGUGGCGACAGGAGGAACCUCAGUCCAGCAAUUUUGGCGAGUAACUUUCUGGUUUCCCUACUUGCGGCCGUCAGCUGGAGGAUACCGAGUUUCACGAGCCUCUACCCGACGUGAAUCAUCGACUUGGAAGUUUUGCCGGUUGGAACACCGGCACCAACUCAUUUCGCGGUGACGGCCAUACUCGUCGACCGAUCCGCACGACCUCCCGUUAUAAAAUCCGACGAUAAGCGUCAAUCCUCCGUGGACUUUCAAGCGUGUUGCGUCGUUACGAUUCAGACUCCUUUAUCUACCACACCUAUUCGUGUCAUCUAAGCGUCAUUGACCGUAAAACAAAAAUAAGACCGAUUGUCUUUCUUUUGAACGAAAGAGAUGGAGAAACGAAAUAAAGAAAGA